CCCAGAAAUACGAGCAGGGCUUCAUCACCGACCCCGUGGUGCUGAGCCCCAGGGACCGGGUGCGCGAUGUGUUCGAAGCCAAGGCGCGGCACGGGUUCUGCGGCAUCCCCAUCACGGACAACGGGAAGAUGGGCAGCAAGCUGGUGGGCAUCAUCUCCUCGCGGGACAUCGACUUCCUGAAGGAGCUGGAGCACGACCUGCCCCUCAGCGAGAUCAUGACAAAACGGGAGGAUCUUGUCGUGGCCCCUGCAGGGGUCACGUUGAAAGAAGCAAACGAAAUUCUACAGAGGAGUAAAAAAGGCAAGCUGCCCAUCGUUAACGAGGAUGACGAGCUGGUAGCCAUCAUUGCCCGCACAGACCUGAAGAAGAACCGUGACUAUCCGCUGGCCUCAAAGGAUGCCAAGAAGCAGCUGCUGUGUGGGGCAGCCAUUGGCACCCACGAGGACGACAAAUACCGCCUUGACCUCCUGGUGCAGUCCAGCGUGGACGUCGUCGUGCUGGAUUCCUCUCAGGGGAACUCCAUCUUCCAAAUCAACAUGAUCAAGUACAUCAAGGAAAAGUACCCCAGCUUGCAGGUCAUUGGUGGCAACGUGGUGACGGCGGCCCAGGCAAAGAACCUGAUCGACGCUGGGGUGGAUGCGCUGAGGGUUGGGAUGGGCAGCGGCUCCAUCUGCAUCACACAGGAAGCUGCUCCAAAGAUCCCUCCAGACCUAAAGUCCCACAGCCCCAAAUGCCCUUCUACUGUCACGGGCACCUAUAACGCUGAAUUGGGACCCCUGACUGACCUGCGGCUAUGCCCCCUGCCGUGCCCAGGCUGCUGGCACAGCCCCACAACCCCCCAGAAGCCCUCAGGGGUGGAGGGGCCCAUGCAGCUUCUCCGCAGUCGUCUGCUGCUCGUCCUGGGAGCAGCAGCCUGGGGGUCUCCCCAGGCAGGACCCUGUCCAUUGCUGGCGUGUGGCAGGCCCCAGGCCACAGCUGUGUACAAGGUGUCCGAGUAUGCACGACGGUUUGGGGUGCCCGUGAUCGCAGAUGGAGGGAUCCAGACAGUGGGCCACAUCGCCAAGGCCCUUGCACUUGGUGCCUCCACAGUGAUGAUGGGCUCCCUCCUGGCUGCCACCACGGAGGCCCCUGGUGAGUACUUCUUCUCGGAUGGGAUCCGGCUAAAGAAAUACCGAGGGAUGGGGUCGCUGGACGCCAUGGACAAGAACCUAGGCAGCCAGAACCGGUACUUCAGCGAGGCAGACAAGAUCAAAGUGGCACAGGGGGUCUCGGGCGCAGUGCAGGACAAGGGCUCCAUCCACAAGUUCAUUCCGUACCUGAUUGCUGGUAUCCAGCACUCCUGCCAGGACAUUGGUGCCAAGAGCCUCACCCAAGUCAGGUAGGUGCUGUGCACCAUUCAGCCUUGCGCUGCUGCCCUUCCCAUCCCCAAACAGGCAUCCCUGGGCCUGCCUGCCACCCUGCUCCAUUGCUGCCA